CCAUCGACCUUCUGUCACUACUUCAGUGCACUCAUUUUCUUACAACCGCAACAUCCUGACUGCAAAAGCAGAACAGAUCACCACCCUGCCCCAGCCAUGGUUUUCCUGUCUGUCUAAGGAGCACAGAAGACUGUUUAUUCAAGUUGUGCUGACGGAUGAGUGGUGCCCAAAGGAAGACGGAUGAUGAUUUCAUACUGUCCCAUGUGUGGAAAACCGGUCUACUUUGCUGAGAGGAAGCGUUCUCUAGGCAAAGACUACCACCCCCUUUGUCUGAAGUGCUACCACUGCAAACGGCAACUCAGCCCUGGCCAGCAUGCCGAGUAUGAUGACAAACCCUACUGCACUCAUUGUUAUCUUCAACGCUUUGGACCAAGAGGAACAAGACCUUCAACAUCUCGCUCAGCUGUUGGUGCAUCUUCUUCAAAGGUUCUAGCAGAAAUCCGGAAAGCCUCCUAGAUGUCCAUCUUUUGUUACAUGGAGGAAGAGCAUUGCAUGAAACAAUAUUUAAAGUAUACAUUUUAAUUAUUUCACUUCAUAAAUGGUGUCUGGCUCCAUGACUGCUGAAUCGGAGCCACCUGAAAAUUAUGGAUAAUUUUCUGGAAAUGUGAGAUAGCAGUGAAUCCUAUAUUUACCACAUAUUACAGUUAUGGUUUUAUAUUGGAAAAUGUGUCUAUUUUAGGAAGAAAGAAAACAUAUUUUGCUAUUUGAUUUUGGUAUGUAAAAGGAACAACAGAGCUAGAAGGUGUAGAAUGAAUUGUAAACUUAUUAAUGGUGUGGAAAUUCACAUUUGUAAAAGUGUGUAGAUAACACAGGACUUCAGUAGAAACAGUACAGUUUACAAGUUAGUUGAAACAGACUUCAUAGACUAUUAGACUGUCAGAACAGAGAGAUGCUUUAGGCUAUGGACUGUUGAUUCUAAGAAAGAAGCCCUUUGUUAUCUACACAGAGAAACUACUUCAAAUUCUAUCUGUAACUGGAUUAAUAAGCAAUGUACCUGUAUGCUGAAUACAUGAAGUUUGUGAGUAAACCAACUAUGUCACUUUUAAAGAAGUCUACUUAUUUUUGGUCUCUUGAGAGCAUGAUUUAAGGGCAAUAUAUUUUAAGGUAGAGUAGAUUUUUUUUGGACAACUGAAAUCACACUUCUGAAACUCUGCUCUGUGUGUGUGCACGUGCAUUGGCAUAUCGUUGUCCCUAACAAUUCGAAGAGAUAUCUAGGUAUAUCAGUUUAACAGCUGAGAAACCUAAUUACCUUGCAUGAAUACUAGUGGAGAUUUAUCACUAAGGAGUAGGUUGAUUCUUCUCAAGGAGAUUCCUGAUUUUCCCACAUGGUAAUGAAUGCCAAUUCUCCCAAAGGUUAUGGCAUCAUUUUUCCAAAAUGUUAAGAUUUUUAACAAAUGCAUGCCUUUCCAAAGAUCAUACUUUCUCCAAAAGCUUAUGGAGAUUUCCAUUUUCCCAAAACUUGCUCAUUCAGUGAUUGCUGACAAUAUGCAAUAAAUCUCUG